CCAACUCAAGAACACGGGACUUUUUGAUUUGAUUAAUCAGAUCCCACGACCAGCUGCCGAAGACGACCGCCGGCGAUUUUCCCGGUUUGAUAACUUUCGUUCCCUCUUCUUCUUCCUCGCGGCUCCAAGUUUGAUGGAAGCAUUAAUUACUUCCAGGGGUGUGCCACUUCGGGUUGCCUCUAGAAAGCUCUCAUCAGUUUCUGCUAAUUUCUCUUGCCUUGAGUUUAAAAGUUAUCAUUGUAGAAGUGGGCGUGUCUCCAUCAUGAACCAUCCCAAAUUGCUCCGUCCUGUGACUACUUCUGUGCAGCCGCAGGAGUUGUCAGCUUUGGGGAACGAAGGAAACAUUGUUCCUUCUAAAGAAAUUAUGGAUCUUUGGAGAGAUGUUGAAGCUGUAUGCUUCGAUGUGGAUAGCACGGUUUGUGUGGAUGAAGGUAUUGAUGAACUUGCUGAGUUUUGUGGUGCUGGAAAGGCUGUUGCUGAAUGGACUGCCAGAGCAAUGGGUGGAUCUGUUCCAUUUGAAGAAGCUCUAGCCGCAAGACUUUCUUUGUUCAAGCCUUCUCUUUCCAAAGUCGAGGAAUAUCUCCAAAAGAGACCCCCUAGACUGUCCCCUGGCAUUGAAGAGUUAGUCAAGAAGCUCAGAGCUAAUAAAAUUGAUGUCUAUUUGAUAUCUGGAGGUUUUCGGCAGAUGAUCAAUCCCGUAGCGUCGAUUCUUGGCAUCCCUCGAGAGAAUAUCUUUGCCAACAACAUUCUAUUUGGAAACUCUGGCGAGUUUGUGGGCUUUGAUGAGAAUGAACCUACAUCAAGAAGUGGAGGCAAAGCCAAAGCAGUGCAACAAAUACGAAAGGGUCGUCUCUACAAGACUAUGGCCAUGAUUGGAGAUGGUGCUACUGAUCUCGAAGCACGUAAACCUGGUGGCGCAGAUUUGUUCAUAUGCUACGCCGGAGUUCAGCUUCGUGAAGCUGUUGCAGCACAAGCAGACUGGCUUAUCUUCAAGUUUGAACCUCUCAUAAACUCGUUGGACUAAAUGCCUCUAUCUAUGGUAAUUAGCUCCAUUGAGCGAAAGCUGCUAAACUCAUUAUUCAUAUCUCAAAAAAACUGUACUUCUUUUCCUUUGAAUGUGUGAAAACUCCAUUGAAUCAAUAAAUGUUUUUGGCAGCCACUUGAUCUGUUUGUUCAAGCUUCACUGAACUUAUA